AAUUGAUCGUUGGACAUAUUUGAUUUUGUGUAAAUUUGACAUUAAAAUGUUGGAAUUACUUUGGAUGUGGUUGACUAGUGUAUAUCAUAAGGUAAGGCCACAAGAAAAUCCUGAAGAUGGAAGUUCAGAAAAACCAACAUCAGACGAAAAUACUUUGGGAUGUACAUCAGCUGGCAAUUCUUCCAAUCAUGAAAACAACUUCAGCUUUUAUGAAAACUUUAGAGUUAAAUGUUUGUCAAAUCAUGAUGUACUUUUCAUAAAAGAAAGGUUAUUAUUAGAGAAGAGGAUGCUGCAAAAACCUUUCCCAGAAAAUAAUUCUGUUGCCCAUUCAGGAGGUUUAGCUGGAAAUUUUGAGACACCUGCUUGUCUCAUAAGAGACCUUCCACUAUAUCCUGGAGAACCGGAAUUUACACCUAACAAACUAUUUUCAGUCAAAUGUGUCCAAAUUGAAAUAAGCAAUCUAAUCGUAGCAGGUUGGAGGGAAACUCAAUUUGAGUCCUUAUCAUACUGUCUUGAGCUAUAUGGUAGCGUGAAAGCUAGUUCAAACUCUAGUCUUAUAAUAUCUGUGAAUUCAACUCAAGAGUUAGCAGCAUACGAAAACCUAAUAAUAUUGGAUGACAGUAAAAAACUUGUUCUAUGGAUAAUAGCGUUUUACGUGAUAUAUUAUUUGAAAAAUGAAGCUACAAUCCAUAAAAGACAAAUUAUUGGAGAGAAAGAAACAAUUGACGGAUUUUUCAGCAAUGAAGAUUCUUCUGUCUUGUUAAUAAAUGAACCAUCAAAUUAUAGGAGACAAAAUGUGAUCAUAACAGAACUGGACUCUUCAGAUGACACGGAGAUAGUGAAGAAACAUAAAAGUCAAAGGAGAAAGAUAAACAGGAAGAAAUACAGAAAGAGAAAACCAAACAAGCAAAAUGUAGAAUCUGGAAUAGUUUCUGUUCCUUCAAAACUCUGCUUUGACAGUGUAUCAUCCUUGACGAGCGCAAAUGAGGGGUUAACUCAGAGUAAAAUGGUGCUUGAAAUUGAAAAAGGGUUAAAGCCUAUUAAAGACCAAAUAUCUGACCUGAGAAACACCAUGACUAACUUUGUUUGUGAUAACAAUACAGACUUUGAAAGAAGCAGUGAUAGUGGAUUACCAGUUAAAACCAUGGUCAGAUGUUCUCACAAAGUUAGAAGCAUCUUCACAGUUCCUUCUACCUCUUCUCUUCAGAAGCUGAGGCAAAUAGCAGAUAUCUCCAGUAAUGCUGAAGAAAACUUUUUCAAAUUGUCUGUUAGUGGACCACGAAAAUUAUCUCCCCUAGCGGAAAUGUACAUAAAAUUGUCACAAAAACAAUUUUGAGAACUUAAACGAAAAUGUUUAUUGUUACAUUAAAAAUAUGUUUUACUUUGAUUAGUUUGAU